CGCAUACUGUUUAUCGUCUGCACCUAUAUAUUUUAGCAUCUCAGAAUUUUAUAUCGUUUUACGAGUAUAAAUAGGUAAACAUAAGGUACCUGUAAAUUAUUUUUGAAGAUUGUAUUUAAUUGGAGCGAAAAAAUUUAUGUAAUUUAGUAUACGGGAGCUGAGGUGAUAAAAAAUGGGAAAACAAACAGACUCCGACCGUUCCUUGGGCACCAAGGUAAAGGAUAUUCUAUUUCAGCGACUAGUCAUAUUACAAUGGCUACCCAAAUACACUAAAAAUGAUAUUCUGGCUGACUUAAUAGCUGGUCUAACGGUGGGACUGACCAUGAUGCCUCAAUCGAUUGCUUACGCUGGCUUGGCUGGCCUUCCUGCCCAAUAUGGAUUAUAUACAGCGUUUAUUGGAUCAUUUACGUAUAUUUUUGUUGGAACUAUUAAAGAAGUUUCGAUUGGACCAACCAGUUUGAUGUCACUCUUAACUUUUUCCUACACAGUUGGAAAACCUAUAGAAUGUGUUAUUCUACUGGCCUUUAUAGCUGGAUGUGUGGAACUGCUUAUGGGAAUACUAAAAUUAGGAUUUCUGGUCGAUUUCAUAUCACCAUGCCUUACGUCAGGGUUCACGUCUGCCAGUACCAUCAUCAUCAUAUCCAACCAGUUAAAAAACUUGUUGGGAAUCAAUAUCCAUUCUCACGAAUUUGUUGGGGUAACGAAAGAAUUGUUUCAAAAGUACAAAGAAAUAAGGAUUCCUGAUACUCUCCUGGGAGUAACUUGCAUUGUUGUACUUCUAUUUUUUAAGAACCUUAAUCGAUUUGUCAAGACAGAAAACUCAACAGUUAAGAAAAUUAUAUGGUUACUCUCUAUCUCUAAAAAUGCUAUAGUUGUUCUUUUAGCUACUAUAGUAGCCGGAUGCUGGAGUAAAACUGGCAAUACUCCUUUCAAAAUCAUUGGAAAUGUUCCCAAAGGUGUUCCAGUUUUGGCAUUUCCUUCUCUUAGCACUCACUUCGGAAACCGGACCGUAGAAACUGUCGAGAUGGUACAAUCUUUGGGCAGUGGAGUUUUUGUGGUGCCCUUGGUGGCAGUACUUAGUAAUGUGGCCAUAGCUAAAUCAUAUAGUACAAGUUCAGUAGUGGAUGCUUCACAGGAAAUGAUAUCUCUCGGAAUAGCGAACAUCUUUGGUUCCUUCGUUCGAGCUAUGCCCAGUUCCGGAGCCUUCACGAGAUCUGCCGUUGCUAGCAGCAGUGACGUACGAACACCUCUACAGGGACUUUACUCAGGCACUGUAAUCAUACUGGCUUUAAGUUUUCUGGCUCCAUAUUUCUUCUUUAUCCCUAAAGCUGCUCUAGGAGCUGUGUUGAUCACAGCAGUGUGUUCCUUGUUUGAUUAUGCCAUAUUUCCGGUCUUAUGGGGAUGUAGCAAAGUGGAUUUCUUUUUGACCCUUGGCACUCUGAUUGUUGGAACUUUGUUUGGCGUGGAAGCAGCUAUAUUUAUUGGAGCUAUCUUUAACAUUAUGUUUAUUCUGAAGAUGUGGGCGAGACCAAAAAUACACAUUGAUUUAAAACAAGACUCCGAUGAUAGGGGUAAAUAUUUAUACAUAAAGCCCGAGUUAGGUUUGCUAUACCCAGGUGCUGAUUACGUCUAUGAAUAUAUCAAAGAGGCCAGAAAUAAAAAUCCCACGCUUUCCAUCAUUUUAGACUGUUCAACGAUAGUGAACUUGGAUUAUUCAGCUGCAAAAACUUUAGAAAAGCUACUGCAGAUGUACAACAAAUCAGAAACGAAUCUCGCUCUCAUCAACAUUAAAGACGAUCACCUAAAAAUUCUCGAAGCCUUAGCUGAUCCAAGUCUCCUCAAAUACUGCAGCAAAUCGCAGGAUAUUCCAGAAAUCGUUGUUUUAAAACCUAAACAUACAGAAGAAAAAGAACCACUGUUGAAAGAAGGUGGGUCAAAGGCGUCUUCUCCUCGGUUGGAUGAACGAAGACUCUCCAAAUCAUCUCAUAAAGGUGAGCGACGUCGGUCUUCUGUUGUAGCAAGAAUGACUGAAAGAAAGCUCUCUUUGUAUGACAAUGUUGAAAGAAGAAUAUCAAUAUAUGACUUAGAAUAA